AUCUCACGCAAAUUUGUCCACCUCUAAAAAUAUCUCAACAAUUCACUGACAAAUUUACUGACAAAUAAAACAAAUAAAGGUUUUGUGCCACGUCCGGAAGUAAUUAACAAAGCCGCCAAGCUGUUCAACCUACCGCAAGUGUACAAGCAUACAACUGACUCCAGAAGUCACAGCAGCAGCAGCAGCAGGAUGCCAGUGCACGAAUUCAAGGUGGAAAUGACCUGCGGUGGAUGUGCCAGCGCCGUGGAACGUGUCUUGGGCAAAUUGGGCGAUAAGGUCGAAAAAGUCAACAUUAACUUGGAGGACCGGACGGUGAGCGUUACGUCAAACCUGUCGUCCGACGAGCUAAUGGAACAGCUGCGCAAGACUGGAAAGAGUACCACGUACGUCGGAGUGAAGAAAUGAGACGAGUUUCUCAGCAAGUUUCAGAAAUACGGCAAACUGAAACUUGAAGUCUAGGGUCUGGACUCUAGAGGAUUGAGGGAUCUUCCACAUUGCCGCUCCGAAAGCAUUCGAGUUGGGUCGCUGUUCAGUGAUAUUCAUGAGAUACAUACAAAUUUUACUCUUAACCAAAAUCAAAUAUAGGAAUGAUCUACAAAUUUUACACUAGUAUUUGCUCUUGCCCAAAUUGUAUGUAGCUCGUAGUUAACCAAUUGAAGUGUUAUUAUAUGAUGCAUUACUUAUGCUUAGAUGAGAAUUUCAAACUCAAUUUUAAUUAAUCCAGUCUUAAGAGACAACGUUUUGCCUAAAUAAGUAGGUGCCGUAUUUAGGUACUCAAACAUCUCCAACGUAGUUGCCAAUAAAUGAUAUACGCCAAUUGCCCUCUUAUGACUAAUCAUAAUAUUACAAAUUUUACCAUUUUGAAAUAUCAAAAAUAUACAAAUAUGUUUUAAUCUUAA